AUGAACAAUUCAUUCACGGCCUCGCCGCACCCUUUUGAGGGGAUUAUCGAGGGACAGCUAGAGACCGGCAGUACUCUUCAGGCGCUCUACCUCAAAGAUCCGCAUGCGGAAAAGACGAACCUCUUGCGUGGGUCGUAUCAGGCCAGCGUCGGGACUCCAUUUGUCCCGAAAUGUGUCAUGCUGGCUCGUGAGAAAAUACUGCGAGACCCAGCCUGGCAUCAUGACUAUCUACCCUUUCUUGGCGCAUCGGGUCUUUUGAAGGCUGGGGAGGAGCUCUUCUUCGGAAGGCAAUGCCCACUGACAAAACUGCAACGUGUUGCCUCGAUGCAGACGGUCGGUGCGACGGGCGCAAUCCACAUGGGAGGUCGCUUUCUACAGAUGCACUAUCCCCCUUGGCUGGGACAGAACAACAGCACAAUUUACAUGCCUAAAGAAACGUGGGUCAACCACCGAAGCCUUGUCAAAACUCUCGGUAUCCAGCCCCAUGACCUGCCCUACUAUAACGCGAGCGUCAAGUCUCUGGACUGGGAAAGGUACAAAUCAGCAGUCGAGUCCCUGCCCAGGCAAUCCGUCAUACUCGUCCAAACUGGGGCCCAUAACCCCACGGGCUGCGACCCAACCCGCGACCAGUGGGUGCAGUUGAUUCAGAUCUUCGUGGCCAGGGGGCACUUUGCCUUUCUCGACUGCGCAUACUUGGGGCUCGCCUCCGGAGAUGCAGAAGCGGACGCGAGCGUCAUUCGAAUGUUUGUCACCGCCACCGUCCCGCUCCUGUUGGCCGCAACCUUUGGCAAAUCCUUUGGCUUGUACGGUGAACGCGUGGGGAUGCUCAGCGUCAUUGCGCCGAACACGGAAGUCAGGGGAAAGAUUCAGAAGCAAAUGGUGCUGAUGGCCAGAUCAGAGACUGGCAGCUGCCCGUCGUUUGGAGCCAAAGUUGUCGAGACUGUGUUGGGAGAUGACUUGAUCAAGAAUCAGUGGUCCGAAGACGUCAACGGGGUGGCGGCGAGCUUGCAGAAUCGCCGACAAAUCUUGCGCCAUUCAUUGGAGCGCCUGCGGACGCCUGGAGACUGGAACUUUAUCACUCAACAAGUCGGCAUGUUCUCCCAUCUCGACUUUACACCCUCUCAGGUGCAAUAUCUGCGAGAGGAACAUCACCUCUACCUGGACCAAAACAGUCGCAUCUCAUUCGCUGCGAUUGAUGAGCGAGGAAUUCAACGGGUUGCUCACGGGAUUCAUGACAUGAUGCAGAAGCAUGUGGCGUAG